AUGGACAUCGGCGAAGACGACGACUACGAUUACGCUAUCGCUGCCCUCGAUACGUAUUUUUUACCUAAAAGACAUGUCGAUUUUGAAAUUUUUAAGUUUCGUGAAGCCAAACAAUUGCAACAACCACAUGAAACAAUCGAUCAGUUUUCAACUCGCCUUAGGAAUCUGGCGGCAACCUGUGACUACGAAAAUAUCGACAAGGAAGUAAAAUCGGCCAUAAUUCAAAACUGUUUAUCGACACGUCUACGACGCUACGCCCUGCUUGACUCGGAAGUUACGCUAGCCAAGAUUCUCGCAAAAGGCAGAGCUUUUGAACUCGGUGAAUCGCAGGCAACCGGCAUUGAAAACGCAUUUGACUCAACACAUAUUUCUGACGAAGUAUAG